AUGCAAAGAGAUAGCUUCUCAGUGAGUAUUGAGAGUCUUCCUGAUUCCCCAAUGGGUCCAAGGAAGAAGAAGAUCACUAAACUGUUCAAUAAAAUGACUGAAUGGGUUACCCCUUCGAGAAGUAACCCAGAGUCGCCAAGAGAGACAAGGAUCAUACGCGGAGAUGUCGAGCAAGAACAGUUUCAAUACGCAAGCAGUCACUGUUUGUCUUCUUACUACAGUGUCUUUGUCGUUCGCCUCGCUAUAAUGGUGAUGCUAGCAAUUCUAAUUGGGCUUUUAACCAUACUAACAUGGCACUUCACAAGGAUAUACACAAAGCAAUCGCUUCAAAACUUAGCAAAUGGUCUUCGUUACGAGCUUCUUCAGCGUCCAAUCUUAAGGAUGUGGAGCGUUUUAAACACCACAUCCGAGCUAACAACAGCUCAGGUCAAGCUCUCUGAAUAUGUCAUUAAAAAAUAUGACAAGCCAACCACUCAAGAAGAACUUGUUGAGAUGUAUCAAGCAAUGAAAGAUGUGACAUGGGCUCUGUUUGCUAGUGCCAAAGCUCUAAAUGCCAUAACCAUAAACUACAGAAACGGUUUUGUCCAAGCCUUCCACAGAGAUCCAGCAAGUAGCAGCACCUUCUAUAUCUACUCCGACCUCAAAAACUAUUCCAUCAGCGGCACGACGGGCCUUGAAGAUGUUAAAAUGUCAAUGGGUCACGGCUGGAGCAACCAGACGAUACACGGGAACAUGACUGCCAUAUGGUACCAGCAGCAGCUCGAUCCAAUCACAGGCGCAAAGCUAGGGAAGCCUCUUCAGAUUCCACCUGAUGAUCUCAUCAACAUCGCGGGGAUCUCACAGGUGCCUGAUGGUGAAGCUUCUUGGCAUGUGACGGUGAGCAAAUACAUGGACUCUCCGCUCCUCUCGGCAGCUUUGCCCGUCUUUGAUGCUUCGAACAAGAGCAUUGUGGCUGUUGUUGGGGUGACAACUGCGCUUUACAGCGUGGGGCAGUUGAUGAGAGAGCUUGUGGAAGUCCAUGGUGGGCAUAUUUAUCUGACAUCUCAAGAAGGAUACUUGCUUGCUACUUCCACAGAUGGUCCUCUGCUAACGAAUACAUCAAGAGGGCCUAAGCUGAUGAAAGCCGUUGAUUCGAAGGAGUGGGCUAUUAAGACAGGAGCUCAUUGGUUAGAGAAGACUUAUGGUAGUCACCUCCCUGACGUUGUUCAUGCUGACAAUGCAAGGCUUGGUGACCAACAGUAUUACCUUGAUUCAUUUUAUCUGAAUCUCAAGAGACUUCCAAUUAUAGGUGUUGUCAUUAUUCCAAGGAAGUUCAUAAUGGGAAAAGUGGAUGAAAGAGCCUUCAAGACAUUAGUUAUACUGAUAUCUGCUUCUGUCUGCAUCUUCUUCAUUGGAUGUGUUUGCAUCUUAAUCCUCACAAAUGGAGUUUCAAAGGAGAUGAAACUAAGAGCAGAGCUGAUAAGGCAGCUGGAUGCAAGAAGAAGAGCUGAAGCUUCAAGCAACUACAAAAGCCAGUUUUUGGCAAAUAUGAGCCAUGAGUUGAGGACACCUAUGGCUGCUGUGAUUGGAUUGCUAGAUAUUCUGAUAUCAGAUGAUUGUCUUUCAAAUGAGCAAUAUGCCACAGUCACUCAGAUCAGGAAGUGCUCUACAGCACUCCUCCGGCUUCUCAACAACAUACUGGACUUGAGCAAGGUUGAGUCUGGAAAACUUGUUCUGGAAGAAGCUGAGUUCGAUUUGGGACGAGAACUUGAAGGACUUGUUGACAUGUUCUCAGUGCAGUGUAUUAACCACAAUGUAGAGACUGUUCUAGACCUCUCUGAUGACAUGCCAACAUUAGUCCGAGGGGAUUCAGCCAGACUUGUUCAGAUCUUUGCAAAUCUUAUAAGCAAUUCUAUAAAGUUCACAACAACUGGCCACAUUAUUCUUCGUGGAUGGUGCGAGAGUGUGAGUUCUCUACAUGAUGAGACGAGCUUAAUUGUUGACAGAAAGAAACAAUGGGCUCCAAUGAAAACAAAGCUGGUUCAUCACAGAAAUCAUUUGCACAAGUCUUGUAAGAACGAGAACAAAAUGGUUCUUUGGUUUGAGGUUGAUGACACUGGAUGUGGAAUAGAUCCAAGCAAAUGGGACUCUGUGUUUGAGAGCUUUGAGCAAGCUGAUCCUUCUACCACUCGGACGCACGGAGGAACUGGACUUGGGCUAUGUAUCGUGCGAAACUUGGUAAACAAGAUGGGUGGAGAUAUAAAAGUAGUACAGAAGAAUGGGAGAGGGACUAUAAUGAGACUACACUUGAUUCUGAGUAUUCCUGACAACGCAGAGCAAAUCUACCAGCCAGAGUUCUCCAAAUACGGUCUCGUGGUUCUGCUUUCAAUGUCUGGAAGCACAGCAAGAUCAAUUCAAUCAAAGUGGCUGCGCAAACACGGCAUUGCAACAGUCGAAGCAUCAGACUGGAACGAGCUGACACAGAUCAUCAGAGACCUCUUCGAGACAGGAAGCCGCGAAAACAGCUUUGACUCGCAGCACACCAUCGCUGAAUCACUGAGAGCAGAGCUUUCAAACAUACAAGAGAUCAGGAACCCUGUGUUCGUCAUAGUGGUGGACAUCGGAGUUCUCGAUCUCACAACAGAUAUAUGGAAGGAACAGCUUAACUACCUCGACAGAUUCUCGAGCAAAGCGAAGUUCGCAUGGCUUUUGAAGCACGACACCUCCAACACGGUGAAAACAGAGCUCAGACGAAAAGGGCAUGUCAUGAUGGUUAACAAACCCUUGUACAAGGCCAAAAUGAUUCAGAUUCUUGAGGCUGUGAUUAAAAACCGCAGGAGAGGCUUAAGAGGAAACGGUAGUGAUGACUCUCACGACUGUUUAGAAAUAGAUCCAACUCAGUUCGACACUUGCAGCUCUGAUGACUCUUCUGAUACAUCUGUGAAACCAACCGUAUUGCCCUCUCCAGUGCUUAAGAACUAUCUUCUUGACAUCACUAAAAGCAACGAUGAGUCAACUAGUAUGACUCAGAAGAAACAAGAAGAGGAAGAAGACUGGAAAGAUCGAAGUAACAGGCUGUAUUCAGGAGUUGCUUUGGAUGGAAAGAAUCAAAAGUCUCUUGAAGGUGUGAGGAUCUUGCUAGCGGAAGAUACACCGGUUCUUCAGCGAGUAGCCACCAUAAUGCUUGAGAAAAUGGGAGCAACUGUAACUGCAGUUUGGGAUGGACAACAAGCUGUUGAUGCCCUCAACUACAAGUCUAUCAAUGCACAAGAACACAACAACUUGUCUGAAGAAGAAGAAACCAAUCCGCAGAGUGAUUUACCAAACUCCUCACCUUAUGACUUGAUCCUCAUGGACUGCCAGAUGCCAAAAAUGGAUGGAUAUGAGGCAACAAAGGCGAUAAGAAGAGCAGAGAUUGGCACCAGUCUCCACGUACCAAUAGUGGCGUUGACGGCUCACGCAAUGUCUUCUGAUGAAGCCAAGUGCCUGGAGGUAGGAAUGGAUGCUUAUCUCACUAAGCCUAUUGACCGAAAGCUUAUGGUCUCUACCAUUUUGUCACUUACAAAACCAUCAACAGUCCUAACUUCGUUUUCUGACUGAAGUUAUUGGAAGGAAUCUAACAAAGAGAGAGAGAGAGGCUUUCUUAGGUUCGGGAUCUUGGCUUUUUGUAUAUAUGUGAAGUUGUAGUGGUCAAUGAGGUUUUUGAAGGGAAAGAGAAUCAAGUUUCUGUUUUUUGGGGUCAUUCUUUGUAUACUAAAGAAUGCUUGUUGUACUUAAGUAAAUAACACUUCUACUUGUUUUUAUA